AUGUACGCAUUCUGUGAGAGCUCGCAGCUUGUCACCCGAGAGAUGCGGACUGUGAUCACGGAGAAGACCGGAACCGGCGUGGGUGGAAGUGGCGGGGUGGUAACAGGGCGUGUUAACAUGACCGUCAUCAAUGACGCAGGGCAUUUUGCUCCGAUGGAACAUCCGCAACGCCUAGCAGACCAUGUUGUGGAGUGGCUACAGGGUGAAGACCGCCGGUGGAUCACUGCAGGGGAAUUGGAAAGGCCAAAAAAUCGAGGGCAGGAUGAGGGAAGCCCGCGCAAGAUGAGUCGGGAGGUGUUGGCUUUGUUAGAGGGGACAAACAGUUGCCCAGACACAACAGCUCGUCCCCAUAAAUUGUGA